AUGUUUGACUUCUUUGUACAUAACUCAUUCGGCUGUGAAAAGAUAAUAAUAGAAGGUAAAGAAGCUCAAGUGAAGGGGUUGGAAGAUCCUCAAGGUAAAACUCUUUUGGUGGAGUUUGAAUUCAAUAUGGUUCCUCAAGUUCAAGUUAAGAAAGAGGAGGAUGAGAUGGAUGCAGAAGAGGAGAACAAUGAUGUUGCUUCUCAAUAUCAUACACAUUCCAAGGGCAAAAGAUGCAUUAUUGAACGUGGAUUGAAGAGGGCUGCUAGCAUGGAAAAAAGGGAUGCUAGGGCAAAGAAAAGGGAUGUUAGUGAAGAAGAAAAUGAUGCAAGGGCAAAGAAAAGGGAUGUUAGUGAAGAAGAAAAUGAUGCUAGGGCAAAGAAAAGGGAUGUUAGUGAAGAAGAAAAUGAUGCUAGUGCAGAAAAAGUGGAUGUUAGUGAAGAAAAAAACGAUGUCAAUGUGAGAAAGAAGAAGGAUGUUCCUGAUCAUUUUGGAGUAGAGCUUUUCAGCUCAGGACAUUUUACUCAACCAAAAAAUCCUUAUUUCGUGACCAAAAUUAGGCCAAAAAGGCGCGAUGAUCUGUAUAUACCGAUUGACGUCACCAGGGAUAACAAUAUUAAAUUGCCUGCAAAAGUGAUCUUGUGGGAUGAGAGGGAUAAAAAAUAUGAAGCAUAUUUAAAGACGUGGGCUGAUGGGCGAACAUGGUUGUCUGGAGGAUGGCGAAAAUUGUGUAGAUGGAACCUUGUUCAACAAAAUGACAGGUGCAUUUGUGAGUUUGUUCCUUCAUUGGGGCCAGAAUUGGUCUUGAAGGUCACCAUUAUUCGAAGAAAGGACUUUGAAGCAGCACAACAAAAUUAA